AUGCUCGCCGAAGUGGAGCAACUCUACGCGGUGGAGAGUGAAGCGGCUAAUGUGUUCGUCCCAAUCGACUCACCAGCCACACAAAGUUCGGAAGGUUCGGAAGGUUCGGAAGGUUCGGAAGGUUCGGAAGGUUUGGAAGGUUUGGAAGGCUCAACUAAUGAGGAAGACAAAGAUGAAGAUAAAAUCGCCUCUGUAGUAAAAUAUAACAAAAAAAAAUUAGAAUCCCUAAGUAGGUGUGUAAAAUACACAAAAAAAGAAAGAGAAAGAGAUUCAGAUUGUGUAAAGUAUAAAAAAAAAUACAACGUAGAAGAUGAUGUAGCUAUAAAAUACCCAAAAAUAAAAGGGAAGGUGAAAGAUACCUUCAAAAAAUUCACUCAAAAAGGGGAAGAAGAAGAAAAAUACGAUGCAAUUUUCUAUUCAAAUAAAGAAAGAGCGGCACAAUACUUUGCUGUCCAGUACUCAAAGGAAAAGGACUUACAACCACAUGACAUUUUUAACUUUAAAAAAAAACAACAAAGUAAAUUUAGGGAUGUCUUCUUUAAGGAGAGGGACCUCAAAAAAAAACAAAGAGAAAAUAUACCCAUUAAAAAAAAAGGGAAAGAAUUACACAGAACGGAUUAUUACGUUCUACCCAAAUAUGCAAAAUAUAAAACGCAAGAAUCUUUGGGGUACUCUCUAAAGGAGAAAGACGGCUUCAAGUACCCAACAGUGAAGAGGGCCAUCAGUGAUUACCCAGAAUAUACCACAAUACCGGAGCAGCUAAUCGAUAGGAGCUCUAAGGAGAUUUUCAAUUCCUUAAUAAAAGACGAGCCGAAGAAAAAAGCCGAAAUUAAACACUACAUCAUUAGGGACUACAAGGACAAAGAAGGAGCGACCUACUUCAUCACCAAAGAAAAUGAAAAACACAAAAAGUCCAAGAAUUAUGCUAUUAGAGGAAGGAGAGCCAAGAAAUCUAGAAAAGAGGGGGAACAGGAAUUGCAACUGAAAUCCAAACAGGUACACUCCAUCAUCACCCCCAUUUCUGCGGAAGGGGUAGAAACAGAGAGAGACACAGACGUAGGCCAGCUGUCCUCGCAAGACGCGGAAGAAGCACCCCUACUCAGGGACGUCCUCCCAGUGGCGCUCCACCCGGGAGAAGAGGCCACCGAAGGAGAAGAAGCCGCCGAAGGGGAAGAGGCCGCCGAAGGAGAAGAAGCCGCCGAAGGGGAAGAGGCCGCCGAAGGAGAAGAAUCCGCCGAAGGGGAAGAGGCCGCCGAAGGAGAAGAAGCCGCAGAGGGAGAAGAAGAAGCCGCCGAAGGAGAAGAAGUUGCUGAAGGAGAAGAAGAAGCCGCCGAAGGAGAAGAAGUUGCUGAAGGAGAAGAAGAAGCCGCCGAAGGAGAAGAAGAAGCCGCCGAAGGAGAAGAAGAAGCCGCCGAAGGAGAAGAAGCCGCCGAAGGAGAAGAAGCUGCAGAGGGAGAAGAGACUACCGAAGGAGAAGAAGUUGCUGAAGGAGAAGAGGCUACCGAAGGAGAAGCUACAGAGGAAGGUGAAGCCGUCGAAGGAGAGGAGGUUGCUGAAGGAGAAGAGGCUACCGAGGGAGAAGAAGUUGCCGAGGAAAAAGAAGCUGCUGAAGGAGAAGUGGCCGAAGGAGAAGAAGUUGCUGAAGGAGAAGAGGCCGCCGAAGGAGAAGAAACUACAGAGGAAAAAGAAGUUGCCGAAGGAGAAGAAGAUAAAGAGGAAGGUGAAACUGCCGAGGGAGAAGAAGCUGCAGAGGAAGGUGAAGCCGCCGAAGGAGAAGUGGCCGAAGGAGAAGAAGCCACCGAGGAAGAAGAAGCUGCCGAAGGAGCAGAAGCUGCAGAGGAAGAAGCCGUAGAAGGCGAAAAAGAAGAAGUGGUAGAAGAACCCGUCCAGGAAGAGACAACCGAGGAAGAGGUAGCCGAAGAAGAAGUGGCAGAAGAACCCGAAGUAUCAGAGGAAGAGGCCGCCCAGGAAGAAGAAGCCGUAGAGGAGCCCGCAAAGGAGCCAGUGGCAGAACCCGCAAAGGAACCAGUGGUAAAACCCACGAAGGAACCAGUGGCAGAACCCGCGAAGGAACCCGCGAAGGAACCCGCAAAGCUGCCAUCGCUAGAAGAGGCGAUGUGGCCAGCGGCGCAACCAAGGCCCCAGUACAAACCCCCCCGCAAGCCCAUGGACUGGUCCAAAGUAGACGACAUGCCGAUAGAUGAGGAGCCAAAAGUGUAUGAAAAAGAAAUGAAGUACUCCAAGAAGGAAAUAGAAAAACUGGAUGAGUUUAAACCAGAGACCUAUAACUUCGACGAAAUCAUAUACGAUAUAGCUCGCUCCUUUUUGCAAGAGUUAGACGAAGCCAAGGGCUUAUGCGGAAGAAGGAAGGUGAAGAAGUCCGCCAAGCAGGCCACCGAGCGUUUGGUGAAGAACUACAUGAAGCAGAAGGGCAAGAAGAAGUGACCGCCAAGCUAAAAAAAAGGACAGCCAAGAAAUGGAGAUAAUGGCAAACUGAAGAUAAUGGAAAACUGAAAAACACUUUGUGGGGCUCUCCAGCCCGCAUGCCAACAGCACCCCUGCGUGCU